AUGCUACGUAAUGCGCCGGCGGGGGCGGCCACCGCCGACGGCCACACGCCGCUGCACCUGGCGGCGCUGGAGGGGCGUCUGCGCGCGGUGUCGCUGCUGCUGGCCGGCGCGCCCGCCUCGCCCUGGGCGCUGCUGGGGCUGGGCAGGCUCAGAAUGUUCAACGCACACAGGGCUCCGUCUAACUCCAUGGGCAGCCAGGUAGCCGUCGCGAGGCGAGGCUCGGACGGGCCGCAGGAGGCAGGGAGCGCGCAGCUGGACUCGCCGCUGCACCUGGCGGCGCAGCAGGGCCACGCGUCGGUGGCGGCGGAGCUGCUGCGCACGGGCGCAGACCCCAACGCGGCCGGCGCGCGCGGCUCCACGCCCCUGCACCAGGCCACCGUCAGCGGCCACGUCGCCGCCAUGCGGGUGAGGCGCCCCCUCCCCUCACUGGCUUACUGCGCUCUGGGUGGAAUUCGACUUCUGCUCUUGAUUCCGUUUUCCUCCUCGUCCCUUGACCCUUCGCUACCUGCCACACCUUCUCUUUGUCCUCUCUCUUCCUUCUCGCGUCUUUUCGACCCUUCA